AUGCGCGAUUAUGGGACUGCGAUCUACCAGUCGGAGGAGGACAAUGAUGACAACGUGGAGGAAAACGAAGCUGCCAACGCUGUUGAAGAUGCCGCGGGGGCAGGCGGAGGAGCUGCAAGACAGCAGCGCAGCUCGAAGAUGAUUCGCACUGACAUCGAGGAACGGGCCCUAGAUCCGAAUCACAACUUCUUCCUUCUCGUGGAUAGCGGCACGGCUGACCAGGUGAAAGGCAAAGAUGCUGAGAUGCGAGCCCGCUUCGAGAGAUGCGUCUCCCUCUGGAGCACGAGCACGAGCACGAGCACCGGCGCCAAUCAGCCGCUGGCCGGAGCAGCUCUGAACUGCUCUCUCGGAGGAGCUAGUUCCGAAGGGGCAGGGACCAGCGCGGGACCGGGUAGUUCGCUGCUUGGCCUCCAGACUGGUACAGCAGUAGGCCAGUCAGUCGCCACUUUGCAGUCUUCUUCGAUGCACGAGGCUGGUGCACCUCCGGCCGGCGUCAGAGGGGCCAUAAGCGGUCCCCUCAGUCGCCAGGGCAGUGUUCGCCCACCGGCGACAACAGGCACCGCCACUGGCUCCUUCGAGGGUCAGGGCACCGGGUCGUCAAGUCGCCUGCAGCCAGGCGGCAGCAUUACGUCGCGAGGAGGCGGCCAUCCUGGUCCGAAGGGAGCAGGUCUCUCGACGGCGCCAGUCGCAGACUCGGGCCCCAAGCCGGUAGGCAGCGCCGGAGCAGAGGAGGAGUUGCGAGUGCCGAUGUGCGGCCUCGUGGUGGGCGGUGACAGGUUCACUCUGCGCCAAGUCUACUGCUCGGUAAUCCAGAACCGCUGUCCGAUGGUGGUGACCAAGGUCAGUCGACAGAGCGGCAGGCGUUUAUUUUGAAACACAUUUCGCGUUAAUCUUGUGAUUCUUUGUCAUACCACCUUGUCUCAGGGUACUUCCGGUGCAGCAGACGCAAUUGCUUUCGGUCUGGACACCGCCGCCAAAAUGGCGUCAGAAGAGGUGCCCGAUGAAAAGGAGCAAGUCCCUUUGGAGCAGAGGCAAGCUCGUUAUUAG